UAAAACAACUAUUACGCUUGUCAUGAAUGACAGUUCGACUAUUAACAAAGCGGUAACCGUAGAUCCUGACGAUAAAGAUCUCGUAAUUGCUCAUGAAUAUUCCGGAGAUAAAUCUAAAAUUGAUAGGGUCAUUGUCACAGAGGUCAGAGAAGAAAAACCACAACUUGAGGACAACGACGAUGAGGAUCUAGAAACGUCAACUCCAGCUACUCCGGAAAGUGAAGAAGAUCUUAUAAACACGAUUUCUAGAGUAGCACCUGAAUUGUCACCAUUUAUACGUGAUUUAAAACAGGUAUCGGAUAAAUUGGAUCCUAUAAAACGUUCUUGGAACAAUUUGAAAUUACGUAAAGGUUUGGGGUAUUCUAUAACAACUGAAACUGAUAAUGACAAUAUUAAAAGUGAUGAGGAAGAAAAAUUAUUACAAGAAGCAAUUGACUCUAUUAGGGAAGCAAUGACCAAAGUAGUUGAAUUCGAAAAUCAAGUAGAUCAAGAAGAAGGAAAAGUGACACUAUCAAAUUCUCAUGUACAAACUUUAAUUCAACCUACCUCUUCGUCACCAUCAUCAGUAGUUGCUGACGUUAUGGAAUCUAUGAUUACACCCGGAUUUAAUAAUAAUGUUGUAUUGGCCAUGAAUAUUUGUUUCUGGUUAUUGUUUACGGCCUUGAUUUUCAUGACCAUUUUGACAGAUUACAAUUACAUGGUAUUACUUAACCUGGGCAUUUCGAUUUUGUUAUACAUUUCCUUGUGUUGGUUUAUUGUGGUUACUCGUGCAUCACAAUUAGAAGAAGCAGCUGAAAUUGCAAAGAAGAAUGAUUAAAUUGACAUUUUUAAUAACAUUUCCACUAGCUUAUUUACAUUUAUUAUAUAAUCAUUCAAGUAUCCUAAUAGAUAAUAUUAAGAGCAAUUUAUUGAAUUGGUUGCGCAUUUAGAAUACUUGUAUGUUCAUCAAAUUGUAUAAUUGGUCAUGUGAAUUAUGUGAAGGAAAAUAGCUGUCCAUUUCGUGAUUUACAGUAUUUUAACUAUAACACUACAUAUUCCGGGAUUAAUAAAAAAAAAAUUCACU